AUGGCCCCAUGGCAUUGGGGAUGUGCCAGCUCUCAUUACACAGGUUCCAGGAUGGCCUGCAUGAUGGACCUGUGGCAUUGGGGAUAUGCUGGAAUACAUGGAACUGGUGCUGGGCCAGCCUCCAUGGCAUUGGUCCAGUGCUGGUACACAUUACAAUGGUGCCAGAAUGGCCUUCAUGAUAGGCCUCAUGGAUGGCUUCCAUGGCAUUGGUGUUGUGCUGGAACACAUUCCAAUGGUGCCAGGAUGGCCUGCAUGAUGGCCCCAUGGCAUUGGGGAUAUGCUGGAACACAUGGACCUGGUGCUGGUGCUGGCUCACAAUACAUCAGUGCUGGGACAUCUUCCAUGAUGGCCCCAUGGCAGUGGUGA